AUGUCUGGAUUAGCUUUUAAUAUUAUUUUAGAUGAGCAGUUUAAUAAGAUUAUAUCUAAACCUAUUAAUAAUCAUCCUGAAUAUGAUAUGAAAUAUGUUAGCGUAUAUAUUGUAAAUUAUUGUUAUGAUACUAACUUCAAAAAAAUAAUCAGAAUAGAGUGGAAGUAUGAUACAUGCAUGGGCUUAAAGAUUACUGAUAUAAAACCAAAAAAGACAUAUUUUAAUGGAUGGCACAAGCAUAGAUAUAAGAUUAAAUCUAAAAAUUUAAUGAAACACCAUUGGAAUACUGAAUGCUCCAAAGCUAAAACUAAGGAUGGGGGUGCACAACUUAUCCAAAAUGCUUAUCAAAAUUAUAAGAGAAGGCCUAAAACUCUGGCAAAACAAGUUUGGGAAGCACAUGGAAUUUGGAGUUUUUGUUCAAGAAGGUAUCAUUCUAGACAUGCUGACUUUUAUUAUGCCAAAAGUUGGUCAGAUUAUAAGAAAUGUCAAUUAGCUGAUAGAUUAUCUCAACAAGAAUUAGCUGAAAAAUAA